AUGUCAAGAGAAUCUGAAUCCAAAAGAAGGUCACCAAGUGUUAUUGCCAGAUUGAUGGGCCUUGAUGGGUUACCACAACAGCAAUCUUCUCAUAAACAACAAAAGAAGUCCUUGGAGAACUACACACAAAGGACGGUAUUGGCAGAGAAAGCUCAAAGAAACAAUGCAUCGUAUGGUCGGCGGUCAUCCAGAAAAAGCUCCAAAGAUGAGCAAGAAUUUAAAGAUGUAUUUGAAGUUUUAGACUCAUCAAAGAUGGAUAGUAGUAGUUACUCAUCACGGGGAACUGCACGCUCAAAGCUCACAGCAGCUGAGAUGGCAUUCAUUGAGCAGAAAUUCAUGGAUGCUAAACGGCUUUCAACUGAUGAAAAACUUCAUAAUUCAAAGGAAUUUCAUGAUGCUAUCGAGGAUCUGGACUCCAACAAGGAUCUUUUGCUGAAAUAUCUUCAGCAGCCAGAUUCUUUGUUCACAAAGCAUCUGAAUGAUCUACAAGGUGUCUCUCCACAAUCCCAUUGUGGUCGGUCUCGCAUAUCAGCAAUGAAGCCAUCACAUCCUCCACACUGUGGGAGCAGUGGCCUAGUUUGCAAUAUAGAGAGAGAAACCCCAUUGAAGAAUCGAAGAAAACCCCAUGCUGAUCCUGCUAGCCACUCUUAUAGCAAGCAUGAACCUCAAAAUCCAGUUAAGUUGUCAAAAAUUCAACUGGAUCAGAAAGAUGAGUCCACCAUUCUCCCUACAAGGAUUGUUGUUCUGAAACCAAAUCUUGGGAAAAUACAGAAUUCUACAAGAAAAACUUCAUCACCUCAAUCCUCUCAUGUUUCGCCUUCAUAUUGUAGGAAACACACUGAAACUCCUGGUACCAAGAACAGGGAGGUGGUGUCAUGCAGAGCGAAAAAGUUUCCUGAUGAUGCAGGGCCCUCAAGGUAUAAGUCUAGAGAAUCUAGAGAAAUUGCAAAGGAAAUAACUAGGCAAAUGAGAGAAAAUCUUGGCAAUGGCUCCAUGAAUUUUUCAACAUCUGGUUUUAGAGGGUAUGCAGGGGAUGAGAGUUCAUCAAACAUGUCUGAAAAUGAGUCUGCUAAUGAAUCAGAGGAGACUUCCAGAAAUUCCAUUGAUUGGAGUAACCGGUACAGACCUUCAUCAUCAUGCUCUAAUGAGUCAUCAGUGAGCAGAGAGGCCAGGAAGAGACUCUCAGAGAGGUGGAAAAUGACUCAUAAGUCUGUGGACAUGGGAAUCGUUAGUCGGAGCAGCACACUAGGUGAAAUGCUUGCUAUCCCUGAUUCGGAAAAAAGGCCUGGAAAUUCUGAUCCCAUGAUCUGUAAAAAAGUAUUCAGUGAUAAAGUUGAUCGCAAUCAUGGAGCAGUUAGGUGGGAUGAACCUUUGGGUAUUAGCAGCAGGGAAGGUUGGAAGGAUGUUGAUAGCAGAAAUCUAUCAAGAUCAAGGUCUGUGCCUGCUUCAUCGACUGUUAUCAGCAGUCCUAGACUUGGCAUGCACCAUGAAAAUGUAUGCGAUGACAGAUAUAUAAUCCCAAAACCAGUGAUCCAGCAGGAAAGAAACAGAACAAUAGAAGGCAAUUUCAAUAAGAGAGAGUGUUCCCCUUCUAGAAAUUCCAGAUCUCGUGCUAAGAAAUCUCACAUGUCUAGCUGCUCAUAUAGAGAUCACAGCGACACGUCCCUGGAAAUUAACUUCAGCCUGGAUCAAGAGCAGAGCGAGAUUGCAGAAGAUGAUUCACUGAAACAAAUUUGUACUGUUUCUGAGACACCAGCUUCUAUUGUCGCAGAUACAAGUUCAGUUGUUGAAAGUGUGGUAGAUGUGGCAAUUGAGAACAAAGCCAUGCCUUCUAAGCCUAUUGACCGAGAACCAUCAACUUAUAUAUUGGUAAAAGGCAAUUCCUCUGCUAGUGAUCUAGAAGUUUCAAGUUCACAGCAACCAUUAAAUGGGCCAUCCGAGAAAGGUUCAAUUCCCCUGCAGGGCCCUGUAGCCGAAGUAGAAUCUCCAGCAAGCUCGAAGGAGGCUGAUCAACCCAGUCCUGUCUCAGUUCUUGAAACUCCUUUUCCAGAUGACCUGUCAUCUGGUUCUGAGUGCUUUGAGGGUCUCAGCGCUGACCUGAAUGGACUUCGGAUGCAGCUUCAACUACUUAGGUUGGAGUCAGAAGCAUAUGAGGAAGGAACCAUGCUCAUCUCAAGUGAUGAAGAUGUCGAGGAAGGCUCUAUUGUACUUACAGAAGAGAGAAAAAUAGCUGAGGAGAGCAGGGAAUUUUCCUACAUAGGAGAUGUAUUGAUGGACUCCGGUAUUAAUGAUGCUGACCCUGAUACUUUGCUGAGUGCAUUGCAUUCCCCAGAAUGUCCGGUCAAUCCUUCGAUAUUUGAAGAACUUGAGAAGAAGUACUGUAAUCAUGCAUCUUGGCCAAGGUCUGAAAGGAAGCUGCUGUUUGACCGCCUAAAUUUAGCUCUUCUGAUGAUUUACCAGCAAUGUGCCAAUUCACACCCGUGGGUAAGGUCAGCAACUAUGACGGGUCCCAAGUGGAUAAAAAAUGGACUCAAGGAUAGCCUGGGCAAAUUGGUUGCUAGCGAAGAUAAUCGAGCUAAUGAGGACAUAGCAGGAGAAAAGAUCCUGGAAAGGGAACCGCAGUGGUUGGAUUUGAGGGAGGACGUUGAUGUAAUAGGUAGGGAAAUUGAGAGAAUAUUGACAGAAGAGUUAGUAAGAGAGCUAGUAGCAGUUUAG